CAUCAGUUCAAUCUCCUCUUCUAUUAAUUUUUCGUGCUCCUCUCUCUCCCAGAAAUAAUACUAAUGUUGAAGACGUGUUUUAAUUGCUUUGGUGGUGAACAAAGACCAGAGAUCAGUGCUCAGAAGAACAGGGAUUAUCCAUGGGAUAUUUACACAUUAAAAGAGCUUGUUAAUGCAACAAACAAUUUCCAUAAUGAUAACAAGAUCGGUGAAGGCGGGUUUGGAAGUGUUUAUUGGGGUCGAACAAGUAAAGGUAUCGAGAUAGCUGUGAAAAGGCUAAAGGCGAUGAGUGCAAAAGCAGAAAUGGAGUUUGCAAUAGAAGUGGAGAUACUUGGAAGAGUGAGACAUAAGAAUUUAUUAGGUCUUAGAGGAUUUUAUGCAGGCGAGGAUGAAAGGCUUAUAGUUUAUGAUUAUAUGCCUAAUCAUAGCUUAAUCACUCAUCUGCAUGGCACACUUUCUGCUGACUGUCUUCUUGAUUGGCCACGAAGAAUGAGGAUUGCUAUUGGAUCUGCUGAGGGAUUAUGUUACUUGCACCAUGAAGCAAAUCCUCAUAUCAUACACCGAGAUAUAAAGGCAAGCAAUGUCCUUCUAGAUUCAAAUUUUCAAGCAAAAGUGGCAGAUUUUGGAUUUGCUAAGUUGAUACCUGAUGGGGUUACUCACCUAACAACAAGAGUUAAAGGAACCCUAGGGUACUUAGCACCCGAAUACGCCAUGUGGGGAAAAGUCUCUGAGAGUUGUGAUGUUUAUAGUUUUGGAAUAUUACUUCUCGAGAUAAUUAGUGCUCGAAAACCUUUGGAAAAACUCCCUAAUGGUGUUAAACGUGACAUUGUGCAAUGGGCUCUUCCAUAUCUACAAAAAGGUGACUUUAAUCACAUUGCUGAUCCUAGGCUCAAAGGGAAGUUCAAUCGUGAUCAAUUGAAGAACACAAUCUUGAUUGCCAUGAAAUGCACUGACGGAAAUCCUGAAAAUAGGCCAAGUAUGUUGGAAGUGGUCGAUUGGCUUAAGGGUAAUGUGGUGGAAAAGAGGAAGAAAGAGAUCAAAAUAAACGAGAACGAGGACUAUGUUGAUGAAGAGACCACUGGCUAUGAAGGAUAUGCUAAGAAAAAAAACAAGCCAAGAUUACCAAUUUCGGAGUCAAAGAUUAGGAAAUAAAUUUCCAAUUACAAUCUUGCAAUUCUGUUCCGAAUUUUUGAACUGUAAAUUUUAGUGUGAUAUUUUUGCGCUUAUUUAUUGUGCAAGUUAAUUAACUCAUUUGAUACUUAUGAAUAUCAAA